ACAACCAAUUGACCCAACCCAACAUGUCACGUAUUGAAUCUGAUGCCUUUGGAGAAAUGGAAGUCCCCGCCGACAAGUACUGGGGGGCACAAACACAAAGAUCCUUCACCAAUUUCGAAAUUGGUGAUAUUAAAAUGCCAAUUCCAAUCAUUAGAGCAUUUGGAGUCUUGAAAAAAGCUGCUGCCAUCGUCAAUGAAUCCUAUGGAGAUCUUGAUCCUAAAUUAGCCGGUGCUAUUAAAGAAGCAGCUACUGAAGUGAUUGACGGGAAAUUCAACGACAAUUUCCCCCUUGUCAUUUAUCAAACUGGGUCAGGUACUCAAUCCAACAUGAAUGCCAAUGAAGUCAUUGCUAACCGUGCAAUUGAACUUUUGGGUGGAACUAUUGGACUGAAAAAACCAGUUCAUCCAAAUGACCAUGUCAACAUGUCGCAAUCUUCAAAUGAUACUUUUCCUACCGUCAUGCACAUUGCUGCCGUUACCGAAAUUGUCGAGAACUUGUUACCUAAAUUAACCGCAUUAAGAGAUGAAUUCGCAUCCAAAAGUAAAGAAUUCAAUGAUAUUAUCAAGAUUGGUAGAACUCAUUUACAAGAUGCCACUCCCUUAACUUUAGGUCAAGAAUUCUCGGGAUACGUCCAACAGUUAACUUAUGGUAUUGCUAGAGUUGAACAAACCUUACCAAGACUUUCCCUUUUAGCUCAAGGUGGUACUGCUGUGGGUACUGGUCUUAACACCAGAGUUGGAUUUGAUGCUAAAGUAGCCCAAGAAGUUUCUCAAAUCACCGGUUUGGAUUUCCAAACUGCUCCAAACAAGUUCGAAGCUCUUGCUGCCCAUGAUGCCUUUGUCGAAGCCUCAGGUGCUCUCAACACCCUUGCCGUUUCCCUUUUCAAAAUUGCCCAAGAUAUCAGAUACCUUGGUUCCGGUCCAAGAUGUGGAUAUGGUGAAUUGCUGUUACCUGAAAAUGAACCAGGUUCUUCAAUCAUGCCUGGUAAAGUUAAUCCUACCCAAUGUGAAGCCAUGACUAUGGUAUGUGCUCAAGUCAUGGGUAACCACACCACCAUCACUUUCUCGGGUGCUUCAGGUCAAUUCGAACUUAAUGUGUUCAAACCGGUCAUGGCCUACAAUUUAUUAAACUCAGUUAGAUUAUUGGCUGAUGCUUCUAAAUCAUUCAGAAUAAAUUGUGUUGAAGGUAUUAUUGCAAACAAGGAAAAGAUCCAUAAGGUGUUGAAUGAAUCCUUGAUGUUGGUUACAGCAUUGAACCCAAAGAUUGGUUACGACAAUGCCCUGAAAGUCGCCAAGAAUGCUCACAAGAAGGGUAUUACACUUAAGGAAUCUUGUUUGGAAUUAGGUAUGUUGACUUCAGAAGAGUUUGAUGAAUGGGUUAGACCUGAAAAGAUGAUUGGUCCAAGAGCUUAACUGUCCAAUUGACACUUUUGUAUUUGAUUAUUCCUAACUAUGUAUAUAACCAUGGUAUUAUUAAAUUUACAUUAUUUCUUUUGUCAUCAGUAGAAAAUUUAAUCUAUUCGUACACCAUUUCUAUCUGGAAACACAACAUACUCUCCUUUACCUACGGGGAACCUCCUGCAUUUUCCGCAAGUACACUUCCAUACUAGCACAUCAUUAAUAGGCAGUUUUUGUUUGGAAAGAUUCUCCACAUACAUAGUCAUAGUCAAUCCAGGAAUAAGCAUGCUUUGGCAUUGUUUACAUAUAGUUCUCUUUAGAAGUGGUGAUGAUUUCAGGACAGUUUUCUUGCCUACUAAAUCCAUAUUUCUUGCUAGCCCUCUGGCUAGAGCAGGAUGGGAUAACGUUAAAUGAUUUGAAAGUUGGUACAAGUAUGAUAUUCGAGCAUAGUUAUCUCUAUGUGGUACAUUCUUUGCAUUGUUCUUUUUCUUGUUGUCUUUCUUGGCCAUGAUGGUAAACUCUUACUCUUCUAUUAUAUA